CUCGUAGUAAAAGAGGCCCGGAUGGAGGACGCGGAGACGCGCCGUUUCUAUGGCAGCCGGGUCCUCUCCUCCGUGGGAGCAGUGCUGGGGUCUCCCUCGCCUCUCUGUCGGAGCUUAGAAAGAGGAAGAGAGGAGAACUCACCCGGCCAUCUCUGUGACCCCAGCCGCUGCAUCUUAUACAGGCAGGAGGGGAAGCAGAGGGAGAGAACGGAAGGAUGGUGUGGAGAUACUUACGCAUUAUUCUUUAACAAACAGAAAAUGGAUGAAAAUAAAGAUAUGGACUCAAAAGAAAGUGGAGAAUAUGAAGACGACUUUGAAAAGGACCUGGAAUGGUUAAUUAAUGAAAAAGAAAAAAGUGGUGCCAGCAUAAUAGAGGUGGCUUGUGGGAAUGAAGAGAAUAUUAACCAAGAAUUAAAAGACAAUGAAACAGAAGUAGAACACACCAAACAACAUUCUGAUCCUGACAAAUCUUCGAAGGAUGAGCUUUCACCAAGAAGAAAUGACUUCAUUUCUGUACCAAGUAUUCAACCUUUGGAUCCCAUAUCAGAUUCAGACAGUGAAAACUCUUUCCAGGAAUCCAAAGUGGAAAGCCAGAGAGACCUGGAAGAGGAAGAGGAUGAGGAAGUAAGGAGAUAUAUUAUGGAGAAAAUUAUACAAGCCAACAAGAUUCUACAGAAUCAAGAACCUGUGAAUGAUAAAAGGGAGCGAAAACUUAAGUUCAAAGAUAAAUUAGUUGAUCUGGAAGUUCCUCCACUGGAAGACACUGAUACUCACAAAAAUUAUUUUGAAAAUGAAAGUAGUAUGUCAGGAAAACUGUCACAGUUAUGUAUUUCCAAUGAAUUUGGACAAGAAAAUGUGCUCCUGUCACUAACUGACGGAAAUUGUGAAGAAAACAAGGAUAGGAAAAUACUAGUAGAGAAAGAUGGAAAGUUUGAACUUCUAAAUUUACAAGACAUUGAGAGUCAGGGGUUUUUGCCCCCCAUUAAUGCUAAUAGUACAGAAAAUGAACCUCACCAGUUGUCACCCAGAUCUUCCAACUCAAAUGUCAAUGGGGCUAAGAAAGAAGAGCCUAUAGCAAAGAUUCAUGCUAUUGCUUACUCAUCAACAGAAGAGCCACUGGCUUAUAUCCCUCAGCCGCCCCCCAACCCCAAGACUCGUCCAAGCUCUGCUGUCAACUCAGAUCGAAGUAAGGGGAAUGGAAAAGCUAAUCACAGGACACAGUCUGCAAAUAUAUCUCCAGUGACCUCAACAUAUUGUCUUUCCCCUAGACAAAAAGAACUGCAAAAACGGCUAGAACAAAAGAGAGAAAAGCUAAAGAGAGAGGAAGAACAACGUAAAAUAGAAGAAGAGAAAGAAAAGAAAAAAGAGAAUGACAUCAUAUUUAAAGCAUGGUUGCAAAAGAAAAGAGAGCAGGUCCUAGAAAUGAGGAGAAUUCAGCGAGCAAAGCAAAUUGAAGACAUGAAUAGUAGACAGGAAAACAGAGAUCCACAACAAGCUUUUCGAUUAUGGCUUAAAAAAAAGCAUGAAGAGCAGUUGAAAGAAAGAAAGACAGAAGAACUACGAAAGCAAGAGGAAUGCUUAUUCUUCCUUAAAGGAACAGAGGGCCGCGAGCGGGCCUUUAAACAAUGGUUGCGAAGGAAACGGAUUGAAAAACUAGCAGAGCAACAAGCUGCCAGAGAAAGAACUAGACAGCUCCGACUAGAAGCAAAGCAUUCUAAACAAUUGCGGAGCCACCUAUAUAUGUCAGAAGGCACAUCUUUUCGUUUUACUGAUCAUUAUAACUGAAAGUAUCUAUCAAAUACUUCGUUUAUUUGGAAGCUGCUACCCUCAAAAUUUUGGGUAUCAUUUCUUAUGGCUUAUGUGAUUUGGUCAUACUCUAAAUUAUGGAAAUGCUUUUUAUCUUUUGGCGAUACAGUGAAUUUUUUUUUUAAUACUAAACAAAAUAAAUUUCUUCUCUCGCAGUAUUGUAUUGUGUUAUACCAUCUCAUAGUCCAUGCAACAAACUGAACAAUAAAUUAACUCUAGAUUCCUUUACUUCUAAAUUAUUUUAGCAUUUCUAGCUGGAAAGAACACAAGACAGGAACAGAUUUCUAUUUUUAGUUUCUAUUAUUAAAAAAAGAUCGCAGUAGAUCAUUUCAUGGAGCUGAAGGUGUGACCUCUUAAACAAGCCUUGUUCAAGGCCUUAUACAAAAUCCCAUCUAUGACAACUUUGAAUUUGAAUAGCUGUGGCAAGCUAAGAAAUAGGGUAGGCUUACUUUUCCGUGUUCUUUAAAAAAAGAAGAUAGUAACAAUUAUGCAUCCAAUUUUGCUAUAUUACAAAAUUAACUAGCUCUUAUUGAGAGUUCAUAAUGUGCAUGGUAUUAAGUGCUUUACAUAAUUUGAUACAAUCCUUGUAACAACCCUAUUGGUCUUGUUUUGCAGAUGAAGAAACUAAAGUAUAGAAGGAGCAGUUUGCUCGCAGACUCUGAUCUGUAUAAUUGCAAAAUUCUUUCUUUUAGGCAUAUUAUAAAAUUUACAAACCUUGGUAGAUAUUGUGAAAUAUUUAAGACUAUACAGGAAUCUGGUGUGUGGAGGAACGGUAUCCUUGAUAUGUGUAAAGGCAUUGAAAGAGUGGAAAACAAAGGUAAACAUUACAAGUGUGAUGGAGACUGGAGAAUCACUGUAAGAGUUCUGUUAAAGCCUCAGAAGACAAGGUUCUUAUCAACUGGGUAUUUGUACCUUAAUCACUUGACCCUAAAUGAGAAAACAGAAUUAUUCAAUCCUGUCUCAACUUCUUAUAGCACUUUUAGCAUACACCAGACAAUUUAAUGUUUCAUUAUAACUAGUCUUGUGUUGUUUAAAGUUAUCUUUAAUAAUGAGAACCAAUUUGACAUUUAAAUAUUCCACAUUUUUACAAAAAAGGCUGUUGGAAUUUUAAUAGAGAUACAGUGAAUCUAUAGAUUGUUUUGGGUAGUACUGCCAUUUUAAUAAAAUUGUCUUCCAAUCCAUAACACAGGAUUUCUUUUCAUUUAGUGCAAGAAAAUUUUGCAGUUUCACUGUAUAGGUCUUUCACCUCCUUGGUUAAAUUCAUUCACAGAUAUUUUCUUCUUUUUGAUUCUACUGCCAAUGGAAUUAUCUUCUUAAUUUGCUUUUAGGUUGUAUAUUCAAAAUCAAACACAAAUGAAUUUUGUGCAUUGAUACUGUGUAACUUACUGUAUUUAUCAGCAUCAGUUUUUUUUUUUGUAAAUCCCUUGGAAUUUUCUAUAUAUAGGAUAUCACCUGCAAAUUGAGAUAGUUUUACUUCUUCCUUAACAAAUUGGAUUCCUUUUAUUUCUUUCUUGACUGAUUACUUUGGCUAAGAUUUCCAGUAUAAUGUAGAAUAGUAGUGGUGAAAGUGGGCAUUCUUGUCUUGAUCUUAGGAGGAAAGCUUAUAGUUUUUCACUAUUGAGUAUGAUGUUAGCUGUGGGGUUUUCCAUUAAUGCCCUUCAUGAAGUUGAGGAAGUUCUAUUCUUACUCCUCUAUUCUUAUUCCUGUUCUUUGAUCCCAUAUUUUUCUGAGUGUUUUUACCAUAAAAGGGUGCUGGAUUUUAUCAAAUGUUCUCUGUAUCAAGUGAAAUGAUCACAUGGUUUUCCUCUUUUGUUCUAUUACGUAUGUGUGUGUGUGUAUAUUACAUUGAUUUUCUUAUGUUGAACUAUCCUUGCAUUCCUGAGAUAAAUACCACUUGGUCAUGGUAUAUAAUCCCUUUUCUAUGCUAUUGCAGUUUGCUAGUAAUUUUUUAGGAUUUUUUUCAUCUAUAUUCAUACAAAUAUAUGGUAUUGGAAAGUUUUUUUUAUUACUGAUUUAAUCUCUUUGUUAUAAGCCUAUUCACAUUUUGUUUUUUCUUGAGUCAGUUUUGCUAAUUUGUGUAUUUCUAGGGAUUUGUCCAUUUCAUCUAGUUUGUUACAAUUAUUAAGUACAAUUAUUCCUUUCUUUUUCUUUUAACUUGAGGUUGGUAAUAAUUUCCCCACUUUCAUUUCUGAUUUUUGUUAUUUGCAUCUUCUUUUUUUCUUAAGUCAAUCUGGCUGUAG